AACAGUGCUGCACAGAGUGCCUCUGAUUGGCCGAGGGUGAAAGCUGCUGAGCACCAAUAGCAGUCAGAGCCGUACAAAGAGAUCUUCUCCCUCCCCCCAUACUUAGCAACACAACCACAAUGCUCAGUGUAGAGAGGAGAGAAGGUACAUCAGUCAUGUACUGCCAGGAUUUCAUUUAUUUGGAGUUAUAUUUUUGACUAUGAACGGAUUUUGUUUUCCCUCACCAUGUCGCAUGAUGGAAAUAUGGAUUUUGUCUUCAUGGUCUGUCUUCUUUUGGAUUGGAAUUGAUGCAUUUUAGAGGAUCAAGGAUGACAAAGACAAUAGGAUACAGAGACUGGAGAUGGCAGGCUCUUUUGUGGCAUCACGUCUUUCUCUUGUGGACUACAGUGGAUGCACAGACUCGUUACAGCAUCCCAGAGGAGCUCAAACAAGGUUCUGUGGUGGGAAAUCUGGCCAAAGAUCUGUCUUUGGGACUGUCUGAGAUAUUUGAGCGCAAGCUGCGUGUCGCCUCUGAGGCUGGUAAGCAGUAUUUCAGCGUGGAUGCGGGGAAGGGCGAGCUGCUGGUCAAUGACAGAAUAGACAGAGAGGCUUUAUGCGGACAAAGCGCCAGCUGUGUGCUCCCUCUGCAGGUCGUGGUGGAAAAUCCUUUGAGAUCACAUCGAAUUGAGGUAGAAAUCAAAGACAUCAAUGACAAUUCACCUCGUUUUUUGACUGAUGAAAUUAAUCUUAAAAUACCAGAAUUGGUUGCGGUUGGUACACGUUUUCCUUUGGAGAGUGCAGAGGAUCCUGAUGUUGGAGGAAAUUCCUUAAAGAGUUACACAAUAUUAAAAAAUGAUUAUUUUUCUUUGAAAUUUAAAACCGAAAAAAAUGGUCUCACUGCACCAGAGUUGGUGUUAGAAAAAUCUUUGGACAGAGAAAAUAUGUCCAUCCAUCAGCUGCUAAUAACAGCACUGGAUGGAGGAAACCCUGUUAAAUCUGGAACAUGUAAAAUUAUAAUUCAUGUACUUGAUAUUAACGACAAUGUUCCUAUUUUUGAUGAAAAAGAGUACAAAUUAUCUUUGAAGGAAAAUAGCACGAAAGGAACAUUUGUAUUAAAAGUUAAAGCUUCAGAUAUUGAUCAUGGCGUUAACAGUGAAAUUAAAUAUUCCUUCGGGUCUCGCACUGCAGAGGCUGUUUUAUCAACAUUUGAAAUUGACGAACAAACAGGCCAAAUAGUUUUAAAAGGUGAAUUAGAUUAUGAAACAUUCCCAUCGUAUCUGAUUGACAUUACUGCCAAAGACAAAGGUGUACCUGAAAUGGAGGGUCACUGUCGCCUGCAGCUUAAUAUUGAAGACAUCAAUGAUAAUGCUCCUGAAAUUAUUCUGACUUCUAAACCCAGUCCUGUAAGAGAGGAUGCUCCAUCUGGCACAGUGGUGGCUUUGAUUAGUGUUAAAGACAUUGACUCUGGUGAUAACGGAAAGGUGACGCUGCAGCUUCCCAAAAGCUCACCGUUUGCCCUGAAACCAACUUUUGCCAAAAGUUUUGAACUAGUAACCAAUGGUGCUUUAGACAGAGAGAGAGUGUCUGAGUACAAGAUUGAGAUAACAGCCACUGAUUCAGGAUCUCCUCCUCUCUCCAGUAAGAAAAUGAUAUCUGUCAGCAUCACUGAUGUCAAUGACAACCCUCCUGUAUUCUCUCAGAGCUCUUAUAAUGUUUAUCUAAAAGAGAACGGAGUAGCAGGUUCUAUACUGUACUCGGUGUCUGCAUGUGACCUGGAUGCUGGCCAAAACGCCAAAGUGUCUUACUCUAUCGUGGACUCUAAAGUGCACGACGUGUCCGUGUCGUCUUACGUUUACAUGAACUCAGAGAACGGCAGCAUCUACAGCAUGCACUCCUUUGACUACGAGAAAGUCAAAGUGUUCCACAUUCAGGUUCAGGCAAAGGACCAGGGCUCUCCGUCUCUCAGCACCAACGCCACCGUCCAUGUUUUCAUCCUGGACCAGAACGACAACGCCCCCGCUGUCAUUUACCCUUCCCCCCACGCCGCCUCCCACCUGCGGGUGCCCCGCACGGCCAAGGCGGGCCACCUGGUCACCAAGGUGACGGCCGUGGACGCGGACUCGGGCCACAACGCCUGGAUCUCGUACAAAGUGUCUGAGGCCACAGACGCCUCUUUGUUCACGGUCAGUGUGUACACAGGGGAGGUGAGGACUAAACGCGCUGUGUCCGAGCACGACGACUCCUCUCAGAGGCUGCUUGUAGAGGUCCAGGACGACGGGGAAGCGGUCCAGUCGGCCACCGUCACGCUGUCCAUCCUGCUGGAGGACGGUGUGAGCGAGCCCAUGUUGGAGCUGAGACACAAGGUGUCGGAGCCCAGUAAGACAAGCGGCACAAUCACGCUUUAUUUGAUCGUAUCUCUGGCCUCGGUGUCCGUGCUGUCUCUGGUGACUUUGCUGGUCUUAGCGGUGAAAUGCUUGAGGAGCAGCGGAAGCGACGCUAGUUGCUGCAUGAGACGGACACACUGUGAUGAGGACAAGAAGCCCAACAGAAACCUGCACAUUCAGCUCAACAGUGAUGGACCUAUCAAGUACGUGGAGGUUCUGGGAGGAGACGUCAUGUCUCAGAGUCACUCCUUCAGGUCGUGCAUGUCUCCAAUGUCAGAGUACAGUGAUUUCACUUUGGUGAAGCCCAGCAGCACCACUGACUUUAAGGAGGUCAUCAGCGUCCUGGACGCCUCUUUACCUGACAGCACCUGGACCUUUGAGAGCCAGCAGGUGAGCACAGAAUUUUACACGAACUGACAAAAAUUUGA